ACAACGUAAUACAUAACUAUCCAUCUAAAACCCGAAAUGAUCCACCGCGCAUCUUACGGCAGCGGUGGGGGUGUAAAUUUUAGGUUACGUAUUCCAACACUAUCUAUUUAUUGACGAAAACACUGCUAUGUUUAAGGCUCACUAUGUAGCACUCGCCGUGAUCCUGCUACAAAUAGAUGCAGCCACCAUCACCAAGAGAAGCUACUCGGACCGGUCCAUACGAGGGUAUGUCACGGAGCGAACGUGCUGGUGGAACGAGGUUUGCAAGGAGGAGUUCCAAACUCUCUUCCGAUGCAAGUGCCCCUCGUGGUCCUACUGCCGCAGCCCCGGCCGGUACUACAAUGCGGUGUGCUCCAUGACGGAAACUGGCUACAUCUGGGACCAGCCCAACUCGCAGUGGCGCGGGCAAUAAGUAAAUUGAUUGAGAAACCUCCGUGUGCCGAGAUCUGAGACUGAUGAGAUGGAUCCACUAUUUUCAUAAUUAGUUUAGCUCUCCUGUCAUGCAACGAAUCACGUAAUAAACUUUUAAUU